GUCGCUCCACUCUGCCUAGGAAGAGCUGGAGCUUGUGUUGUGACUGUAAAAUUAUGAUUUAGUGCUUUGUUUUCUAAAUGAAGAUAACCUCUUCCUUUAUUAACUUAGUACAGUUACUCUACUAUCAAUGAAUACAUUUUUAGUAAAUGUGCAAUGCCUCAUUCCUGGGCACAAAGUGCCUCAUCUCAAAGUGAAGAUGUUAAAGCAAGGAGAAGUGGCUCCACCAGGAUUUCUCAGUAUCGAAACCACAGAUGGUAGAUUACGAACAUACGUUCCUGAUAUAAAAUACAAGGACAAAUGCACUGCUCCAGUGAUCCAGUGCUAGCUAACAAUUUAUUCAUAGUCAAGCUCCUUUUACUCACAUUGUCCAGAUUUAUUUUAUUACAGUCCAAACAUAACAGAUGAAACCUCUAAAACAUUAUUUUGUAAGUUUAUCAUACAUGAGCUGCAAUAACUUUUAUUUGUUUAAUUAUAACCACUAUUUGAAUGAGUACUAAAGGCUAUACUGUAUAAUUUUUUCAAAAACAACUACAUUAUAUAUGCUUUGAUUGUGGAUUUCAUUUCUAAAAUUGGCUCAUACCAAUGAAUAAAGAAAAACACUAAGCAUUAAAACAACAAAGACUAAAUAAAGACGAUAUGAUCUUUGGGUCCUCCUUACUCAUUCCAUUACAUCUAGAUUCACCAAGAACUACAUGUAUGAUACUCUUUGAUUGAAAUUAAAACAGGGUGUUUUACAUGAAGUUUAAGAUAUGCAAAUUAAUGUAGAGAAAAUAAGUAUUAUAUACCCUAAAAUGUUUUUUCACCUAACUAGUAUUUAAUUAUGUGGAUUUGUUUUCUUUUGUGUUACAAAAGAUGGUUUGAUUUUGUCUUUUGACAUUGGCUAAAUUGUUUGGGUAUUCUUCUGUUCUCAAGUCUGUGUUGGCUCCCCUGCCUGUUUUCUUAUGGUUUUGCCAGUUAGAAUCCAUUCUGCUUCUUUGUAAUCAAAUGGUUUUGGGGGAAUGGACUAACUGAAUGUUUGAAAAAUAUGCUUAAAGUGUUUGUUACUCAAAGUUUUGUACAUUCGUAAACUCUUAUUACCUAUGUGAAUGGUAAUACUCUCAGUUAUUGUUUGCAAAAAUGCAGUGGGGGUAACAUUUUGUGAAAUUUCCUAUCAGAUGUAAGUCAUUAACUUAUAUCUUAAUAUAAAAUAAGUAUGCACUAAAUACCCAUCUUUCAAAAUACAAUGUUGUGGUUAAUGUAUUAUGUCAGUGUAGCCUUUAUUUUAGUUGCUUUCUUUAUAAAUUGAAACAGAAUCACUCCUUUUUAAAAAUGAAUAGAUUUUAAAUGCACAUGAAAUGU